GCAAAUUUCACUUUUGAAAAAUGUUCAAUUAGAAUGAUCAUUUUGAAAAAAAUAAAUACUCGGGAGUAUAAAUUUCAAGUGAAGCAAAUGGCAGCGCCAUAUAAAAAUCAUAAUGGAUCAAGUGAAGCCUAGCCCGGCGAAUUCAAUUCCCCUUACUCCUCUGUCUUUCCUGGAGAGAGCCGCCACCGUAUAUGGCGACGGCGCCUCCCUCGUCUACAAGUCCACCACCUUCACCUGGUCGGAAACUCAUCUCCGCUGCCUCCGCCUCGCUUCCUCCAUCGCCUCCCUUGGUAUCCAGAGAGGGCACAUCGUCUCCGUUCUCGCCCCCAAUAUUCCCGCCAUGUACGAGCUCCAUUUCUCCGCCCCCAUGGUCGGGGCCGUCCUCAACGCCAUCAACGUCCGUCUUGAUUCCCGGACUGUCUCUGUUCUCCUGGCCCACUCCGAGUCAAAGCUCAUGUUCGUUGACUCCCAGUUCAAAGCUCUCGUGGCCGAUGCUCUGUCCCGGUUUCCGCCGGGUUUGCCGCGGCCCAUUCUUGUUCUCAUCGCCGACGAUGAAUAUCCGGCGGAAAUCGGCGGGGAGUUCGCGGGGACGUACGAAGGUUUGGUCGAGAACGGGAACCCGAAUUAUGAUUGGGUUCGACCCGAGACCGAAUACGACCCGAUUGUACUGAAUUAUACCUCCGGCACCACCUCCGCUCCCAAGGGGGCGGUUCAUUCCCACCGGGGAAUCUUCAUUACCACGAUGGAUUCCUUGGUAGAGUGGUCCGUCCCGAAAAAAGCGGUGUACCUGUGGACCCUACCGAUGUUUCACUCAAACGGGUGGUGCUUCCCGUGGGGAACGGCCGCCGUGGGGGCCACCAAUAUCUGCCUCCGGAAAGUCGAUGCCGCCGCCAUCUACUCUGCCAUCCACCAGCACAACGUGACCCACAUGUGCGCGGCGCCGGUUGUGCUCAAUAUGUUGUCCCAUCACGACGUCGGGAAGCCUCUGGCGCGCCCUGUCCAUAUCAUGACCGGCGGUGCGCCCCCGCCGGCCGCGGUUCUUCUCCGGAUGGAGUCUCUCGGGUUCGUCGUCACCCAUGUCUACGGGUUGACCGAAACCGCCGGAGUAUUCGUCUCCUGCUCGUGGAAGGAGAAGUGGGACGAGCUUUCGGCGAUGGAGAGAGCGAGGCUGAAAGCUAGACAGGGUGUGAAGACUCUGGGCAUGGUGGAUGUCGACGUCGUUUGUUCGGAAACAGGGGCGCCGGUGAAACGAGACGGAGAAACCCUGGGCGAGAUCGUUCUACGCGGCUGCAGCAUCUUUCUUGGAUACUUCAAAGACCCAAAAGGCACCGCGAAAAGCCUGAGAAACGGGUGGUUUUACACCGGCGACGUCGGGGUGAUUCACCCCGACGGUUACCUGGAGAUCAAAGACCGGUCAAAGGACGUGAUCAUCAGCGGCGGAGUGAACAUCUGCAGCGUGGAAGUGGAAUCGGUGCUGUACGCACACCCGGCAGUGAAUGAGGCGGCUGUGGUGGCGCGGCCGGACGAAUUUUGGGGCGAAACGCCGUGCGCUUUCGUGACCAUGAAUCUACAUGUGAAGGAGAAGGUGAAAGAGGGAGAGAUCACAGAGCAUUGCAGAGCAAAUUUGCCGCGCUAUAUGAUUCCCAAGACGGUGGUGUUCAUGGAGGAGCUGCCGAAGACGUCCACCGGAAAGAUUCGGAAAUUUGUUCUAAGGAAUAUGGCAAAGACGAUGGGCCGGUCAAAUCUUUAGCAAAAAAUCUUACUCAUAAAGCUACUACCUCCAACCAGUUAUAAAUUCGGGAGUAUUUGUCCGAGUUUUUUAGAUUAAUUAUUUUUUAUUUUUGACCUAUAAUUAAAUAAAUUAUAUACUAUAUUUUAAUUAAAUAAAAUAAUAUUUUGAAAAUAUUUGAUAUAAUAAAUCUAAUAAAAAAAAUCUAUUAAUAUCUAAUAUCAUUUUUAUUUAAUUUAAGGUCAAAAUUUAUCAAUUCUGACCAAAAAAAGUCAAAAAUAUACAAGAACUCAGGAAUGAAGGAAAUACGUUAUU